CUGCCUCUGGCUUCUUAAAUAUCAUCAUCAUCACCGCUAACUGCAAUUCCAAACUCAACCACCUGUUGUUAUUAUUCACUCGUCGUCGUCACACAAUGACGAAAUAUUCCGUAUCAUCGUUUUAACAAAUUGAAUUUGAACAAUAAAGUGGAAUUCCCCCCGUAAAUAUAUCAAGCACAAUUAACUAGUUAAUUGAACCUUAGCUUAAAUCAGUUCAAGCUUAAUUAUAAUUAAAAAUUAUACAUUCUUCUGAAAUUUCCUCGCAAAACAAAUUACAAUUAAAUAAAGUUUAAUUAUUCAUGAAUAUAAGUGCCCCCUGUUUUCGACAUGACCUCAAAAUGAGCACUGCUGAAAGGUCAUCCGCCCCCGCAGAUACGUUAAAGUUUAAUUAUCAUUAAAAAUUGUGUAAAUUAUUUCAACAUUAUUCAGGAAUUUCCCCCUCAAAACAAAUUACGAUUAAGUCAAGUUUAAUUAUCAAUUAAAUUUAGUGCCCCCUGUUUUCGACAUGACCUCAAAAUGAACUCAUCCUCCACUGAAAGGUCAUCCGCCUCCGCGACUACAUUAAAGUACAUCUACGACCUCCCAUUUUUCGACAGGAAAGAAAUCUGCCGCAUUUUCGACGAGAACUCGCAAUGGGAAACGCUCGGCGGGGGCCUUAUGGGGUACUCGUCUUCCGAACUGAGUGAAUUUGGCAGGGUCCUGUACCGCGGUGGGUCACCUACGGAUGCCCUUUUGACCUCCUGGGGAAACCAGAACCACACCCUCCUCGAACUUUUCACCCUCUGCGCCCGCCUCUAUAACGGCAGGGCGAUGAAGGUUUUGGCGAAAUAUGUCGACCCCAAGUAUCACGCUUAUAUGCCGGACGACACGGAUUUUCACGCCACCCAGUUACUCGUCGCCCUCGAUCCGCCGAAACUUCAUCAACCCAUUCCAGAAAUGGUUAAUUCGCCGAAAAAGAAGAUAAUCAAUGUCGACGAUAAAAAUGGUGGGGGCGCGGAUCGUGGCGCAGCAGACGGGAAAAUGGGCGCGGCUGGACACGGCGCUAAACCCGCCAAACCGGCGGAUGCACUGUCCUCCUCGGUCGGGCUACUCCCACCCAUCGCAUACGCCGAGCUUACAGCCGCCACGAGUGGGUGGGACAAACGCAAUAUGCUUGGAAAAGGCGGAUUUGGCACGGUUUACAAAGGCAACUGGAAAAAUACUGCGGUCGCGAUUAAACGGAUGGAGCAUCGCCCGAACGAAGCGUACGUUGAAUCCCAGAUGAAGCAAUCCUUGGGUGAGAUGCGUUUCCUAAAUUCGUACCGACACGAUAACAUCCUUCCGCUGUAUGGCUACUGCCUCGAUGGACCGCACCCCUGCCUCGUCUACCAAUUCAUGACCAAUGGCUCCCUCGAGGACAGGAUACUUUGCAGGCAACGAACUCCUCCCUUGAGUUGGCAUCUCCGCUUCCACAUGGCGAAAGGAGUCGCAUGUGGGAUACAAUUCCUCCAUUCGAUCGGACCCCAGCCGCUGAUUCAUGGCGACAUCAAAUCCGCCAACAUCCUCCUCGACCGCAACUUUGAAGCAAAAGUGGGCGACUUUGGUUUGGCGAGGGAGAUGACCACUCCCGGGGGAGCGGGACUGAAUGCUUCCUACGUUAAGGUGUCACGUGUCCAUGGGACGAGACCAUACUUGCCGGAUGAGUAUCUCCGCUCAAAAAAGUUGUCCACAAAAGUCGACACGUACUCUUUUGGAAUCGUUUUGUUCGAGUUGGCCACCGGAUUGAGGGCGUAUGAGGAACAGAGGCAAAAAAAGUUUCUGAAAGACAUGGUCGAAGAAUUCGAGGGGAUUACGGACAAGUUAAAGGACGCGAAAGGGGGUGGCGACAACCCCGACGUGUUUCCCGUCCUUGUCAACCUUGGUCGCCAUUGCACUGAGCGCUUAGCCAAAAAACGUCCAGAAAUGGUCGAAGUGUUGAAAUCUUUGGAGGCAGCGAUGCCAUAUGCCACCUCCAGUAUUAGAACUUUGUCCACCCACGUCACCGGGCUGCCGUAUCUAUUCGAGCUACCUAUUUCACGUCCUGGAUCCUUAGGAAUUCCACCACAUACGAGCUAUAUGACGAACAGAAAUAGUCCCGAAAUGCGUGCCGGUUCCCCCCACUGGAUCGGGCCAGGAGGACCACCCCCAUUCCCAUCGGGUCUCCCAAGUCCGGGUGGAGUACGAAAAUCCUCACAAAAUUCAUCCCCUCCAGUCUCUCAAUAUCCUCCCCUUCUCAUCAACCAGCAACCACUGCAGCCAGUCCAUGCCCCAUCCCCCCAUCUUUAUUCCCCUCAUCAUCCACCCCCAGCCGAACCAAUCCUCAUCCCCACGACCAACUCCAACACUCCCACGACACGACCCUCCAUCGGAACCUCGCCCACCUCCAAUUCCUCCAACGCGUCGAAUCAUGCGCCGCUACAAAAUCAAGCAACUUUCGCCGCUGCAUCCCCGCUCAUGAUUGACACGGUCCUCCCGUCCCCCAAAAAUCCCCCACCACCAGAAUUCCUGCUCAUUCAGCCCUCCCCGGAGCCCGUCUUGCCCGCCACGGUUUGUGCCCCAAUUCAAGAGGCAAAUUCAAAUUUGGGUACGGACGAGGACGACGACAUGUACCUCCCACUUGUUCUCGAGCAUAAAAAGACGACCCGAGUUCCGUUGGGGGUUAUCACGUCGGCCUCGCAGGACGAGGAAAACACCGAUUUUGAUACUGUGAUCCCACUCAUUACGGAACUUGGGAUUAAAAAUGACGGCUGAGAAGUAAAAUUAUUUAGUAUUUUUAGGAAAGUUUGAUCAAAUUUUGACUUUGUGAUUUUAUAUAUGUGGAAAAUAAAGAAAUGAUGAACUCUA